GCAUUCGGUGCUUAGCCUCGCGAAUCGAUCGAUCGGUGGAUUGUGCGCGCAUCACGCUAACUUCUCUCCAACAUGAGGACCUUCGUCGCUGUCUUGGUCUUAGCCCUGGCCCUGGCUGGACACGCCAGAGCCGACUUCCCCGGCAUCCAGACGACCGUCGACACGCUCAGGAGCAUCUACUACAGGUGCGCACAAGACCAGUCGAUGCUGUCCUGCGCCAAGCCCAAGGUCCUCAAGUACCUGAGCGAAGCCGUGCAGCAGGAGCGUCUGCCCAUCACCGACGAUCUCUCGAUCGUCAGGUCCCGCAGCAUGACCGAGGACAACGAGGCCGACGAGUACAUCAGCGCCCAGGACGCCGUCGACCCCAAGAAGCGCGAGCAGCUCCGCUCGCUCAUGUUGGAGAAGUUCGACGCUUACCUAGCCAGCCACACCCUCGAGGCUAAGCUGCCCGAGGCCAUCGUCGGCUCCAACAUCGUCCCCAGGUCGCUCGUCGACUCCGUCCCCAAGAGCAUCAGCAUCCCCCUCAGCGACUCGCCUAACGGAAGCGGUCGAGGCUUCGUAAAGAAAGUCAUGAUCCCCUUCCUCCUGGGUCUCAAGUUCAAGGCCACCGCACUGGUCCCCUUGGCUCUCGCCCUUAUCGCCCUGAAAACGUGGAAGGCCCUGACUCUUGGUCUCCUCUCCCUGGUCCUCAGCGGAGCUAUGCUCAUCUUCAAGCUGACCAAGCCCAAGGUCGCCUACGAGGUCGUCCACUACGGACACCCGCCAGUGGAGCACCCACCCCACUGGGAUACCGCUUCCCAUGGACCCUACAGAGCCUACCGCAAGUAGGCGCUAGCGAAAAAUGAGUGCUAUGCUGCGUUGGAUUGUUUAUUUAUACGAAUUAUUUAUUUCCGAGCGACGAGUAAUUUAUAGUUGUCUUCUUUUUUAUGUAAUAAAAGAGAGCUGAUGCGAUUGUUUUGAUAUUUAAA